UGCGCAUUAUUAAUAUCGAUAACAAUUAUCGCGAUACGAUUAAUGCUUCUCCAGCGUGUUUAAUCCCUUCGUGAAAUAAUACCCAACUCGGUGCGACGUGUAUUUUUGCAAGUGAAUGUAAUGUGACUGUUUCUUACGCAAUAUGAAUAUAAGGAGCGAUAAACAGAAUAUUCCUGCGGAACUCUCUCUGACUGCGUUACUGUCGGCGGGAUUAACUCUUGUAAUAUCACCAAUAUACAUCGUGUUAUGUAUCCUCGCUUUAGUUUACCGCUACAGAUGCGACUCGGGAAUGCUGUCCGGUGCUACUGGGGACAGCUACUUCAUCUACACACUCUAUACAAUAUACAUACAAGCGGACACAUGCGGAAACCCGGAUUCGUCGCCACCAGCAGGUGUUAUACUAACGACACCAAACGCAGUUUUUGUUUUCGUUAUUGCUAAUUUGACUGCCACCGUUUUAAGUUGUGCAGCUGCCAUCACACUUAUUGUGGUUGCUGUUAAUAACAAAAGUGAGCUCGUAUUUGGCACCAUAUGGACAUAUAUUUGUAUAUGUGUUGCGUCAUUAGUGGUCGAUAUAACAUACGCUGUUUUCUUUGGAAAAGAUUAUGCGGAAAUGAGUUACACAAUGGAAAUCCAUUUUCCAGGAAUCGCAAGUAAUUAUUUGAUUGAUGUUCUCCGACUUGGCUCUUUGCUUUUCAUGACAAUUGCUCUGAAGGGAUUCCUCGCUCCUGUAAUAAAUAUUGUUCUACUUAUAUUGUUAGGGAUAUAUACUUCUAACUACAGAAAUAAACUUCAAACCGAAGAGCAUUCCAUACACAAAGUGGGAGCGAUUUACGCAUUUGACCAACAUGUUAACCGUGGUUUCGUGGAAGAGGAGCCGCGCAGCCACCCUCGCAGCCCGCUGAGGGCCGCCCCGUCACAGGCGAACACUCUGCCAAUGCCACCGAACACUCCGCUGACGGACUAUUCCAACAGGCGAGAUUAUGACCGCUCCAAUUCUUGGCAACACACUCCAGCGCCGAUGCCAUUCUCGUACAUGGAGGAGCCCCGGCGGCUGCGAGCGAGCCCCGCCGCGGGCGAGCAGUGGCGGCACGACCCCUGGCCGCCCGCGCCGCCGGUCCCGGCGCCCGACUACAGCCCGCCAGCCCGCCGGCUUAAAUCGGCCUUAAAACCGAACUAUAUAUAGACAUUGCGUUGCGUAGCCGUUGAACUUCUU